AUGUUCAAAACCUCGGACAAUGUCUUUGCAGAUGUAAAGUGUCCCAAUCUAGUCAAAACAGGCAAUUGCUCCGUUGUAAAUUGUCUUUUUAAGCAUCCUGUUCUAAAGAGAAAAGCUGAUGACAACGGAAACGACCAGAAACGAAAGAGAUUAGACAGUUCACUGGCAGACCCUCUGCCAAAGAGAGCUAAAGAGAAUUUACCAAUUGAGAAAGAUGUUCUGUUCAUAGUCGUAAAGGCCCUUGAUAAUGGUUUGGUGUUACCCAAAGUGGAACGAAUCGAUAAUACGAAGAAGAUCUCGCAUUACUUCUCAGUGAAGAAGCAGAGCGCGACCCCUAAUAAGUCUGCUAUCAAUAAGGAGUUUGAGAUAGCACUGAAUAGCAGAAGUUUGGACGAAUAUAGAGAGACUGUUGAUGAGUUUUUGGGCGUUCGAGGGAACAGAGUUCCUGCAACUGAUCUCCGAGUUAUUCAGCCAAUUGUUGUCAAUCCGUCACCAGCAUUAAUUCCUGUGCGUCGUAAAUAUAUCGAGUUGUUCGUGGAGGCUAUACGACGUCACCAACCGAACAUCAAGGUUCCAAUUUGGACAGCUACUGAGGAGGAGUAUAAAAUUGCUAGCACUAGCACCUCUACAACAUACAAUGUGACCAUCAAAAAGAAGAUAUAUGAAUUGAAUCAUCCUGAAAAGGUAGCAAAGGCGAAAAACCAGGCAUUUACCAAGGAUCAAUAUCUCAAAGAGCUUCGGGAUUUGUGCAUAGAUCGGGAGAAACUCAUCAAAUUCGGCUUCAUUAUGAGUCAGCCUGAUUCUAUUCCUGAACCUGAACAGGUAAGAAUUUGCCACAGAUGUAAACUGGAGUUCAAGUUAGACGAUGCUGAGAAGGAAAUAGACUGUAGAUACCACUCGGGUAAAAUUAUCAAGUCGCAGCUGAACGAACGAUUGCAUUCUUGCUGUGGUGGAGUUUUGGGCUCAACAGAUGCAGAUCCGUGCUGCAAGUCCAACCAUCACGUAUUCUAUUGGAAUGGACCUGAGGAAAUGAACCAUUUCUUGCCGUUCAAGGACACAAGAAAGAUAUGGGGCACACGCAAAGGCAAAUUGGAGGCAGUGGGAAUUGAUUGCGAAAUGGGCUUUACUACCAAGGGUUUUGAGCUUCUUCGUAUCACCGCCAUCGAUUUCUUUUCGGGAGAAGAGGUUAUUGACGUAUUGGUUCGGCCUAAAGGCAAAGUCUUGGAUCUCAACACUCGUUGGUCUGGAAUUGCCGAAAUCAAGGACGAAGCCAUGAGUUUUGAAGAUUCGAUCACAUUGUUGGGUGAGGUAAUUGAUUCCAACACUAUUUUGGUGGGACAUGGCCUUGAAAAUGACAUGAACGCCAUGAGACUCAUUCAUUCUAAGGUGGUAGAUACUGCAGUUCUAUAUCCAAAACACAAAGCUACUCCAACUUUCCGCUUCUCUUUGAAGCAAUUGGCAUUCCAGUAUCUUGGACGGAAUAUCCAGAUUGGUGAGCACGAUAGUGGAGAAGACUCCCUUGCUGCGAUAGACAUCACGAAACAUUUCAUAGAAAAGACAUUGAGUAGUCAAUAG